AUGAAAAUGGCGACUCAAACCCUGUCCAUUGACUGCCAAGUCCACUCCUAUUUGCGAAAUACUCCUGAGAGACCUUGGCGAGGUCACCUUGAGGGACCCGACGAGGUCACCGGCGACGAUAUGGUGGCUGCCAUGGACGCCGUGGGAGUAGACGGGGCUAUCCUGAUCUCACCGUUCUCGCUGUACGGCUACGACGCCAGUUACGCCCUCGAGGUCUACUCGCAGCAUCCUGACAAGUUCGGGGUGGUCAGACCCUUUGACCCGGAAUCCGCGACCAUCGAGGACGAUGUGGCGGAGUGGACCAGCACCACUGGUGUGGUCGGCGUGCGUGUGAUGUUGGGAGCGAUCGAGGCGGAGCCGGACCAUCCUGGGCUGAACCGCAUUUUUGCAGCCUGCGCCAAGGCCGGGGUACCGGCGAACGUAAUGGCUGCAGGCAAGCUGCCGCUCAUGAAGGGGCUGGCAAGCCGCAACCCCGACACACAGUUCAUCGUCGACCACGUCGGACUGGCGCAGCCGUUUGUUCCGCCUGCACCGCCGGAGCCUUUCGCCGAUCUGCCAAACGUCAUCGGGUUGGCAGAGCUGGACAACGUCGUGAUCAAGAUCUCGGGAGCCUGCACGCUUUCGCACGAGCCCUUCCCAUACCCGGAUAUCUGGGAGCCCUUGGGACGAAUAUUCGACGCUUAUGGGCUCGAGCGCUGCAUGUGGGGGACCGACUGGACGCGGGCGGUCAGGUUGCUGACCUUCGAGCAGGGCGUGGAGGCAUUCCGGGUAACGGACAAGUUAUCUGAUUCAGACCGGGCCGUUCUGAUGGGUGGAACUCUGUCACGGAUCUACAAGUGGUCGCCGGGGGCGUAG